GAUCGAUCCACCGCCUCUCCCUGCAACGGUUUUUGGGCAUUCAGGAUCGACAUUGCUGCAGACCUUGCUAGGUGCCUGGGAAUUCGGCACUUGCUUGGUGAAAACCCUGCAACGAUCCAUCGAAACCCAACAAUGCCCCAGAAAAUUUGAAAGAUCGACGUGCUGCCAAAAUGUCUACGAGCUCUCAAACAGGAAUUAAAACCGCUGACACCUGUGAGGUUUGCUCCUCCGAGCGUUUCAAGUACCGUUGUCCCACUUGUGGACUCUUGAGUUGCUCACUCAGUUGUACCCAAUCCCACAAGAUCUACUGUACCCCGCGAGAGCCGUCGCCUAAACCACCCCAAGAGGCAGUCAAUGAUCCGUCGCCCCAAGACGAAGCCAACGGCGUGAUCGAUGGCGAGGGAGCUCGCGAAACCCGAAAUGCCUUCAAUCCGAAAUCCUUUGCGUCGUCGCCCGAGUUAAAAAUCCUGUUCGAGCGGUACCCAUCCCUUCGUGACGAGCUGCAAGACAUCUACAAGGCCACACUAGAAGAAGAGUGGGUAGAGGUGCAAACACAUGGAAACCGGCAUCGAUCUUUCCAUCGGGGGAAAGGAGGCCCACGCAACCGAGGACCUUGGACUCGCGAAAAGGGCUUCAACAGGGGUUUAGGAAAGGUCCGGAAGUUCAGAGAACGAUGUGAUGAGGGGUUGGAAACGGGGAGAGCCGCGGAAGGGCUGAUGCGGUUUAUGAAUUUAGUCAAUGGAGAGCAUCCCGAGGAAACUGGGUGAUUGCUCGAUGCUCCGAGGGGAUAACCCGGGAGAAAAUUUCCCGCCGGGCUUUUCCACCGAACAUCUAGGAUGAACACUACACAUGUCUCGGUCGCCUAGAGCCGCAGCUGGAUCUGUAAACGUCAGUGAUCUCGAAAGCACUAUACCGAGGGACGCAGAGAUUCGAGCUCGUGGCAACGGCAAAUUCGGACGCGCAUGCACCGACGAAAACAUGAUACCUCAGACCGACAAUUGUCUGCGCACCUUAAGCCAUGGGGGUUUAAUUUCAAUAGCCCUUGGAUUCUACUCGCCCUAGGCUGCAACUAUUACGGGGAGAAAGGCAAUAAUCCGGGCCACGAUCAAACUUUUAGCAUUAGCCAAUAUUAUCUCUA